UGUAAUGUUUGGUAGAGUUUUAAUUUGUUUGUUUCAUUUAGUAACAUUCCUGUGUAUUUAUUUUUCGGACAAGAAUUCAAAAAUGUUACAGUCAAUUGCCAUUUGUGUAGAGGAAUGAAAUGGAAUGACGUCUGAAGGUUUUAAUAGCCUACAAUUUGAUAACAUGUUAGAUCGAUAAGUUAUGGAAAAUAAUUUUGUAACAUAAAAUUAAAAAUGCGAAAGAAAUCAACAAGCGGAACGAGUGAAACUCAAAAAUCAGGAAGGCAUGCAUAUCAAAGGGGGAAUCAAAAAGAAAGCUCACCAUAUUAUGUAUUCCUAUACUCUGAUGAUGAAAAGAGUGAAAAUGAUGAAUAUCCUAUGCAAAAGGAAAUAUCUUCUGAAAGAACACCUCGUAAAAUUGAGGUAAUAAAUAUUGAAGUACAAUCAGAAGACACACUUCAAGCACUAGCUCUUAGAUAUCAAUGUACAAUAUCAGAGUUGAAAAGAAUCAAUAAAAUACACAAGGACAAUGAAAUACAUGCUCAUCGAACAAUAAAGGUACCGAUACAACCAUUUUCACUUUUAACUGAAACAAAAAAUGACAAUAGCAAAACAGAUCAGGAUAUUAAAUCAAAUUUACUCAUCAAUACUGGAAAUGAUAUUGUUUCUAAAGAAAAUGAAAUAAUUAAUGUACUAAUGAUUCCAACUCCAUCAUCUUCAGCAAUAGAAAUCAAUAAUAUCAUUAUGAACUCUACAGUUGAAUCAUUAUCACAGUUUAAUAGUGAAUGUGCUCCAUUUGUAGAAGAUACGGAAACUGAUAAAUUGAUUAGUUUUGUAGAUUAUAACAAAAGUAAUACAAACAAUAAUAUUGUGAAUACAUUCACGUGUUCCGGAGCUGACUGGGGAUUAUCUUGGUACCAAGUGUUAUGUUUUUCCUUGUUACUUGGUUUUGCUGGACCAAUAAUUUAUGUAUUGUACAUAGCUGAGCAUCAUAAUUCUUAACAAAAAUAAGUUAGCUAGCUUAAUAGAUCUGACUAAUUGAUAAUUUUUAAAAGUUUUUAAAGUUGUGAUUUAUAAAACAUGGCAUUUUUUAUAUUUGAUACUGAAAAUUAGAUACCAUUACCUAUAGAUUGGGUUUGAUCAAAAUGGUAUGUGAUAAUUAUACGAUAAGUAAAAAUUUUUUUAUAAAAGAAAUAUUUUUGUACAAUAGUCUUCUAUCUGAUUGAUAAUUUUGCAAGCUAUAAUGCAGUUGAAAUUUAUAGAAAUGCAUGUGCCUUAGGAUAGCUGAUAAAUUAGUUACUAAUUAUCUCGUGAUAUUGACAUCUAUUAUGCUUGUUUUUCAGCAAUUUACAUUAUACAAAAAUUAAUAAAUUCAUAUUUUAGAUGAACAAGCAUUAUUAAAUAAACUAGCUUUAUAUAAAUUUGAUAUAUUCUCAGAUAUUUACAUAUUAUAUUAAUAUAAAUUGUAAGCAAUGUUUUAAAGAAAAAUUGAUUUUAUCAGAAUGCAAAUGCCAUUCAAUUUUUUAUGUAAUUCGCGACUUCCAAAUAAAUUUAUACUAAUAAGGUAUGUUGAGAUAGUUAAAUUUAUUUAUUCUUUUGUUUUUUAUAUUUAUACCAAGACAUUGGCAGCUGAGUCCCCUUGCAGAAGAGCAUAAAGCUCUUGUACACGGAUUUGAUAUACAUAUAAAACAACUUUAAUAAAUAACAUCUUAAUUAUUAAUUUAAAUCCAACAUGAGACUUUUUUAUUAAGAAAUUGUUAAAAACAUUAAUUUGUUAAUUUUAAUUUUAAGUAAUGCCAGUUUUGACUUACAAAGCUCUAAGUUAUUGAAAAAUAUGUAUUUAUAUUUAUUGAUAUGCUGAUAGCUAAUUUUUAGAUUUUCAGCUACCUAAAUUGUGGUUUCUACUUUUUGCGAAAAAUGUUACUAUGUUAAAUGUUGCGUAAAAUGUUAGGUGUGUGGUGUAAAAAUUCAUAAUUCAUAAAUAAAAAUAUAUUAACACCAAGCU